AUGCGCAGUGCCCGCGGGGGCGGCCAGGGGUCAGAACGCUGCAGGGCCCUUGGGGCAGAUCCCGUUUGGGGCAGAGGGAGCGGCCCGGACACUGCGCUAUCCUCCCCCUCUCCCCCCCCCUCCGUAGGGACACACAGAGGACCAGCCAUGGCAGCGCUGCGACUACUGUACCAGGCUGCCCGUGCAGGCCCCCCGGCCCCACUGGGCUCCCUGCGCCGGCUCAGCACCAGCACCCCCAAGGACUGUUACAAGUACGUCAAUGUCCGGGAGCCGGCCAUGGACAUGCAAUCCAUCACUGACCGUGCCGCCCAGACCCUGCUCUGGACUGAACUCGUCCGAGGCUUGGCCAUGACCCUGAGCUACCUUUUCCGUGAGCCGGCCACCAUCAAUUACCCGUUCGAGAAGGGCCCGCUGAGCCCGCGGUUCCGCGGGGAGCACGCGCUGCGCCGGUACCCGUCCGGGGAGGAGCGCUGCAUUGCCUGCAAGCUCUGCGAGGCCGUGUGCCCAGCACAGGCCAUCACCAUCGAGGCCGAGCCCCGUGCUGACGGCAGCCGCCGCACCACCCGCUACGACAUCGACAUGACCAAGUGCAUCUACUGUGGGUUCUGCCAGGAGGCCUGUCCUGUGGAUGCCAUCGUGGAGGGCCCCAACUUUGAGUUCUCGACGGAGACACACGAGGAGCUGCUCUACAACAAGGAGAAGCUGCUCAACAAUGGCGACAAGUGGGAGGCUGAGAUUGCAGCCAACAUCCAGGCCGAUUACCUGUACCGGUGACGGCCCCUACCUGCCCCCCAAAUAAAGUGUUUGGGGGUUCACCCCCUCCGUUGGCACUGUGGGUGCCAGCCCCUUCCCAUAA